CUUGUCAGAUCAGUAUCAACUCUUUACUAGUUAGAAUGGGGACAAAUGUUUAGAUAGAUAGUAGCAGCAUGCUGAAACGUGGUGGUAAAACCAGCUACAACCCUUACUCCACCAGUCAGAGACUUAAGAAAGCUGAGUCUAAAGGCAAAGACAGACUGGACAUACUGCCCAACAAGCAGAACGUAUGGCUUAAGCAGCUGUCCAUUCUCCAGGAGCAGCCCCGCAAAGAUGCAGGUGAUGUCGCACUCUCCUCUUCGCCCUCCGUCUCUUCAACGCUCGCCCCAGCCUCGGCCGGGCACCAGGACUCCUCCCUUUCCUGCCCUGGAACCCCAAGCCCCCAGCAGAUUAAGAUGGCAGCGCUGCAAGGGGUGGGCUGCCCGUCUCCUGUGGCCACCCUGAAGAGACCCACCGCCUUGAGCAGACACGCCAGCGCUGCAGGGUUCCCGCUCCAGUCGUGGGUGUUCACUAAAGGCCAGGGGAAAGGAGCCUUGACCCCGACCACUCCAUCUGACGGUCCGGAGAGCACGGCCAUCGAGGUCGAGGAUAUCCCGGCUCUGCUGAGGGACGUGGCACGCUUCGCUGAGGCGGUGGAGAAGCUGAAGGAUGUCGUGCUGGCUGAAGGGAAAGAGAGUCAACGGCCUGUGGCCCAUGAGUGUUUGGGUGAGGUGCUACGUGUGCUGCGUCAGGUCAUCAACACUUACCCUCUGCUCAACACCGUGGAGAUCCUCACUGCAGCCGGCAAACUCAUAUCCAAGGUCAAAGGUUUCCACUACGAGAGCUGUAACGAGGCAGACAAAAAGGACUUUGAGAAGGCAAUAGAAACCAUUGCAGUUGCUUUUAGCAGCAAUGUGUCUGAACUGCUUAUGGGAGAGGUGGACAGCAGCACUCUGCUCUCCCUGCUGCCCACUGAGAAGAGCAGGUCGAUGGAGAAUUUGUAUGCUGCGACAGGCCAUGGAGCAGAUGGUAGCCACUUCAGGAGCGACCUGCAGGACAUGGGCAAAGCUGAGGAAGUGGAUGUGAUCCUCCAGCGCAGCGAGGGAGGGGUGGACUCCGCUCUGCUUUAUGCCAAAACCAUUUCCAAGUACACGAAGGACCUGAUAAGCUACGUGGAGAAGCGAACCUCACUGGAGAUGGAGCUCUCCAAAGGCCUCCAGAGAUUAUAUCAGUCCUGCAAACACAACAUAACACAUCCCCACAUGCCCCUCUUCUCCAUCUACUCUCUGGCUCUGGAGCAGGAUAAUGAGCAGAGUGUGGGACUGCAGCAGGCCAACAUCACACUUCACACCCAGACCUUCAUCCAGCCUCUAAUGCAGCGUAAACAGGAGCAUGAAAAGAGACGGAAGGAAAUCAAGGAACUAUGGAUCCGAGCUAGGAGAAAACUGCUGGAGUGUGAGACGAACCUACGGAAGGCCAAGCAAACGUACAUGGCCCGCUGCGAGGAGUACGACAAGGCCAAAACAGCAGCCAACCGAGCAGAGGAGGAGGGAGGAGGGUCCACUGCCAAGUCCGUGGAGAAGAAGAAACGAGUAGAGGAAGAAGCACGCAACAAGGCAGACGAAGCGGAGGCCACCUACAAGACCUGUAUAGCAGAUGCCACCACUCAGCAGCUGGAGCUAGAGCACACAAAAGUCACAGUGCUGAGACAGCUGCAGGACGUCAUCAAGCAGAGCGACCAGACCCUCCGCUCGGCGACCAUUUCAUACUACCAGCUCAUGCACAUGGCGACAGUAGUCUUGCCUGUCCAUUACCAGACUCUGUGUGAGAGCAGUAAACUGUAUGACCCAGGCCAGCAGUACGCCGCCUACGUGCGAGACCUGCAGCUUCCAGAGCAGCCAACUGUUCAGUACACAUUUGAGUCCUACUCCCCCUCCAGCACAUCGUCACAGCAGGGCCACAGACCGAGGAAUGACAGUUUCAACACAGAGCAGACGAGCCACACGGACACCCCGGCCUCCAGUGCGGAUAGAGCAGCAGAGGUCCAACGCAAGAGGCAGGGCCACAAGUCAUGGGGUUCAACAGUUAGCGAUGACAGUGUUGGAGGGGAAGGAGGCCUGGAGUCUCCGACUGCCAGCACAGGUGACAUCAGUAAAAUUACUCGGACAGCAUCCACUGGAACAAUGUCGUCCAACGAGGAUGCAGAUGAGAAAGACGCGAAUGUCUCCUCAUUUGAAAGUCCAAAUAUUAAUGGCAUGGAUCCAGAUGUGGUGGUGUCCACAAGACCUUUCCGCAACAUCGGCUUGUCUAAAGCUGCCCAAACGCAUCGGCUGAGGAAGCUACGGACUCCCUCAAAGUGCCGCGAGUGUGACAGUUAUGUUUACUUCCAGGGAGCGGAGUGUGAGGAGUGUUUCUUGGCAUGCCACAAGCGCUGUCUGGAGACUCUGGCCAUCCAGUGUGGCCACAAGAAGCUGCAGGGUCGUCUGCAGCUAUUCGGCAGGGAUUUCACUCAGUCAGCCAGCGGUGCCAGUGACGGCAUCCCCUUCAUCGUCACCAAGUGUAUCUCUGAGAUAGAGAGACGGGCACUCAAGAUGAAGGGCAUCUACAGGGUGAAUGGGGUGAAGACUCGCGUGGAGAAGCUGUGUCAGGCGUUUGAGAAUGGCAAGGAGCUGGUCGAGUUGUCCCAGUGCUCGCCACAUGACAUAAGCAAUGUCCUUAAGCUUUACCUCAGACAGUUGCCAGAGCCGAUUAUGCUGUUCUCCCUGUACCACAAGCUGAUGGGAUUGGCCAAGGAGAGUAUGCAGAGUGAAGGAGAUACACCAGAGGGCGAAGAGUCGAGCAGUAGUACUCCAGGAGUAAGCAGGGGGUCAGAGCUGGUGGAUCAGGGCCCUCAAACAGACCCAGAAGUCCUGGUCUUAGUGGAUAAACUGACGAAUCUUCUGAAGGAGCUGCCCAAGGCUAACAUAGCCACACUGCGCUACAUCAUUCGCCACCUCCGCAGGAUUGCAGAGUUGGAGGAAGAUAACAAGAUGAGUGCCAGUAACUUGGGUAUUGUGUUCGGGCCCUCCCUGAUGCGUCCACGUCCAACUGGGGCCACAAUAUCCCUGUCCUCUCUGGUUGACUACCCCCACCAGGCCCGCAUCGUGGAGGCCCUCAUAGUCUUCUAUUCAUCCAUCUUCCAGUCUAAAACCUCUCAGUCACAAAAAUCCUCCGACUCUGCCUCGACCACCACUCAACAGAGUAAUACAGCAGACAAAACAGAGAGCUCUGCUGAUGGAGAGGAGGAUGGAGGCAGAGAGGAACAGAACAAACCAGAUCCUGAUAAAACAGAAGAGGAGGGAUGUGGUAGUUCUUUAGGGUCCCUGGGCUCCAGUGAGCAGCUUCCUGACUCCGACUCGGAGCUGGACGACAGCAGCCAGAAGUCUUCACACUCCCACAGGCUGGUGAAGCAGGAGAGCGUGGUAAGCACGGACGAUGACCAGCUGAGCUGCAGGGACAGCCUGGACCUGUCCAGCCAAUCAGCAACCCACACCGAUCCAGAACCCGAUGCGGAUCAGGAUCAGGACCAAGACAACCCAGAAGGAGUGGAGCCCCCCGCACUGCCAGACAGUGGGCCCCCAGAUGAUGAAACGGUGACAGAAGAGCAGGAUCUGAGCGAAUCACUGGCUGAGCUCAAUGUGAACCAGUCCAACAACAACUUCCCGUGCUCCCCCGUCUUAAGCCUGUCAGGGCAUCCAUUGGCAAGUCUGUGUGGUAAGAAGUUACCCUUGACGAGAAACAGGAACAGUGGACCCGAGUUUGUUUGAUAUCAUUGUCAAACUCAUUAUGUAUGAAGUCUUUUUGUUUGCAUUGAGCAGCAGGAGUCUACGUUUUAUACGUUACAUUCCAACAAAACCUGAAACUGGGAAGGUUACUUCUUGAUGUUUGUGAAGUUUUUUCUUAUGUGUAGAUGUUUUCAGCUGUUUUGAGAAACAUCUGCAUGCUUGUCGCUAUUUGAUGGAAUAUCUCCAGUGUGUUAACUGUAAUGAUUAAUUGAUGAUUAUUCUUUUUGUGUUUUUAAAUGCUUUAUUUUAAAGGUUGUUAUUAAUCAUUGCUCUUAAAAGCUUGAGGAUAAGUGGGUAACAAGUCACAUCAGAAUACCUGCAAAGCAACAUUUUCAAGCAAAUGAUAUGCUGGUGAUGCUGGUUUUAUUUCAGUUCUAAAGUUUAAAAAAUAAUAAUUUAGCAGUUUGUUUUGAUUGUUGGCUGUUUGUCCAUUUUAAUAAAAGA